GCAUAAGCACCGGGGAAUAAUGGUGGAUAACCGGCACGCCACAGCUCUGGUCAUCGCCGGGGUUUUAAGCGUCCUGGCGUCCGUUUAUCUGUCGGUGUCGGUCGGCUCGCCGCACUGGUACCGGUACACGAGCCCGUCGGUGCGCGCGGAGCCCAACGCCACGGAGCUGCGCGCGCUGCAGGACGAGUUCCUGGAAGGAGAGUUUGACGAGAAGACGGUAAGCGACGCGCUGUUUCGCAUGAACGGGACGCUCGGACUGUGGUGGCGAUGCAUCCAGACGCCCGUUGACGCGCACUGGUACAGAGAGCCCGAUCCAAAGAUGGUGAUGGAGUGUGUGAGUUUUACUCUCUCGCAGCAGUUCACUCCGAAAUAUAAAGAGCCCGGAAAUCACAACAGUGGAGAAGAUCUGAUACGAUCCUAUCUGUGGCGCUGUCAGCUCCUGCUGCCGCUGGUCUCUCUGGGUCUGGUGGUUCUUGGUGGUUUGCUGGGGUUCUGCGCGUGUCUGUGUGGCAGUCUGACCCCGGCGCUCUUCAUCGGGCUUCUACAUCUGCUCGCAGGCCUAUGUUCUCUGGCGACAGUGUGCUGUUUUCUGGCCGGGAUGGACCUUCUGCACCGUGUGUCUGUGUUGCCGGAUCAUGUGGACGGCACGCUGGGCUGGUCUCUGUAUCUAGCGCUCAUCGCGUCUCCGCUGCACAUGAUGGCCGCGGCGCUGUUGGUGUGGGCGGCUCGCAGCCACAGUCAGAGCUACUACCGCAUGACUGUGUACAGAGUCGCUUGAACUAUCAGAGCCACCAAAAUAGAAAAAGUGAACAGUGACACUAAAUCUGUUGUACAUAAAUACAUAAAUGUGGUCUGUAUGUAAAGAAAGCAACAACUGCUAGUCAGAAAAACUGUCUUGUUUUGAGAAUGUCUGAUGCAGUUUUUUUUUUUGCAUGUUUUUGGAUUGAUUUUUCUGAUGGCGAAUAAUCAACUGGGGAUGUCAUGACAGAUUUUUUUAUUUAAUAAAUAGCAUUUGGACAGAUUUGUAAAAAAAAAAAAAAAUAGACAUUUUUAGUAAAUUAAGUUCUUAACAUUAUCCUCUAGCUGGCAAGUAAUUGUUUUUCACGGGACGUCCCAUGUUUGGAGAGUGCUUUGGAGCCUGUUGCAGGUGUAGAGUGACUGUCGCUGAUGUUUUUAUGCAUAACUAAUUGUGUGUAACUGAUAAAUAAACAGCAACAGAACUCAAACCCAAGACCUGAAGAGUGAUCGUUUUAUAGUUUAAUACUGAUAAACUUUCACUCAGCAUUUGUGGCGCAUGCAGUCUGUGAUUACAGAUUUACACUGUAUUAGAAAUGUCAAACAGCUUGACUUCUUGUGAUUUAGCUUUAGUGAAGUAGCACAAACAGCCAGUAGUCUUAGUGUGCUGCUUUAAAUGUAUUAAUGUUAUUUAUUACUAGAAUUCAUAUUUAUAUAUUUAUUUCUGUACAGUACAUUUAUCUUUGGAAAUUGCUGGCAAGCUACAUGUGUGAGGAUGUGUCUGUGCUUGUUGAUGUUGAUUCUGGUUCAUUAAUCACACUAGAAAUGAAAGGUCACUUGGGGUGCACUGCAUUAUGGGAUACAAUAUCUCAGGCAGUGCUCAAUUGUGUAACUGCACAUGUUGGUCAGUGUAGUUGGUGAUCUGGGUUUCCAUGCUUAUAAACACAUCAUCUUUACACUAUUUACAUCGUGGACAAAUAUUUUUUUUCUUCAGAAUAUCUGAUAGUUGGCUGUUUUUUAGACAUGUGGUGUUCCCUGGAAUCAGUAAUAAACUCGUCAUGAGCUCA